AUUGCCUCCAUUGCCUUCUUUGGUUUUCAGGGCCAGCUAGCCUUCCUUCAUCUCUCUGUCAAGACUAAAGAACCAAAGAUCAUAGGUUUAGAUGCUGCAUGCAUGCUCCUGUUGCUAACAGCUUAGAAAUGAGAGGAGUUAUGGGAAACUCACCUGGUUCUGUCGAGACUAGACACCGGUUAUCUGCAUCAAUUGAGGCAAUAUACAAAAGGAGGUUAAAUAAAAAUAAAGUAAAAGGUGUUGAGAAGCCUUUCCACAUCCCAAUCCAAGAUCGGAACUCAUGCUGCAAAUAUCCUCUGCUGAAACUUGUCUUGGUUAUUAUCGUGUGUGGCACUUUUGUAACACUUUUGUACUCUCCAGAGGUCUAUCACAGUGACCAUCUAUCAGGCGCAAGUUCUCGGCGAAAUUUUAUGAACAGGUGGAUAUGGGGAGAAGCAGAUUUUCGUUAUGUAUCAGAUGUAGAUACAAACUGGGAUGAUGUCAUGAAAGCUAUAGAGAAGAUGGGGGAACAGAAUGACUACCAGGGAAUUGGACUUUUGAACUUCAAUACUACUGAAGUCACUCAUUGGAAGCACCUCAUACCUGAUGCCAACCACAUUGUUCUGCAUCUGGACUAUGCUGACAUGAAUGUAACUUGGGAUUCCUUAUAUCCAGAAUGGAUUGAUGAGGAGCAAGAAGAAGACGUCCCAGUUUGCCUGCCUCUACCUAAGAUUGAAGUCCCUGGAAAACGGCUUGAUCUGAUUGCUGUCAAGCUUCCUUGUAGAAAUGAGGGGAAUUGGUCAAGGGACGUUGCUCGGCUGCAUUUGCAGCUGGCAGCAGCUAGUCUUGCAACCUCCUCCAAGGGCUUUUAUCCGGUGCAUGUGCUUUUUGUUUCAAAGUGCUUUCCUAUUCCAAACAUGUUCACUUGCAAGGAACUCGUAGCACGUGAAAAGAAUGUCUGGUUAUAUAAACCAGACUUGAAUGUGUUGAGAGAAAAGCUCCAGCUUCCAGUUGGGUCUUGUGAACUUGCACUUCCUAUGGGGGUCAAAGAGCCACUAUAUUCAGGGAAUGCAAAGCGAGAAGCAUAUGCUACAAUUCUCCAUUCAGCUCAUGUGUAUGUUUGUGGAGCUAUAGCUGCAGCUCAAAGCAUCCGCUUGUCUGGCUCGACGCGAGACCUUGUGAUACUUGUAGAUGAGACGAUCAGUGUUUAUCACAGGAGUGGGCUUGAGGCAGCUGGAUGGAAAGUCCGGACCAUUCAGAGGAUCAGGAAUCCAAAAGCAGAAAAAGAUGCUUACAAUGAAUGGAACUACAGCAAGUUCCGGUUAUGGCAGCUGACAGAUUACGACAAGAUCAUAUUCAUUGAUGCGGAUCUGCUUAUCCUUCGAAACAUUGAUUUCUUAUUCGGGAUGCCAGAAAUAUCAGCAACUGGAAAUAAUGGCACACUAUUUAACUCCGGCGUGAUGGUCAUCGAACCUUCAAAUUGCACCUUCGAGCUUUUGAUGGAACACAUUGAUGUGUUUGAGUCUUAUAACGGUGGGGAUCAGGGAUACUUAAACGAGGUUUUCACAUGGUGGCACCGGAUCCCACGACACAUGAACUUUUUGAAGCAUUUUUGGAUUGGUGAUGACGAAGAGGUUAAACAAAAGAAAACCCGCCUUUUCGGCGCUGAACCUUCAAUUCUGUAUGUGCUUCACUAUCUAGGUAUAAAGCCAUGGUUGUGCUUCAAGGACUACGAUUGCAAUUGGAAUGUGGAUAUAAUGCUAGAGUUCGCCAGUGAUGUUGCCCAUGAAAGGUGGUGGAAAGUCCAUGAUGCAAUGCCCGAGAAAUUACACCAGUUCUGCAUGUUAAGAUCAAGGCAAAAAGCACAACUAGAAUUUGACAGAAGGCAAGCUGAGAAGGCAAAUUUCACUGACGGCCAUUGGAAAAUCAAAGUUCAGGACAAGCGUUUGAAGGAGUGUAUCGACAAUGUAUGUUCCUGGAAGGGAAUGCUAAAACACUGGGGUGAGAGCAACUGGACCAAUGAUAAAUUUUUUGUUCCAACACCACCUGCAAUCAACACGGCAUCUCUCUCAGGGCUGUGAGUUGUUUCUAAGUCUUAUUUUUUUUUCCUCAUCAUUUUCAUGCCUUGUUUAUGUAAAUGACAGAGUUCUAAAACUGGGUUCUCAUUUCUUUUUAUUCAUAAACAUGUUUAGAUCCAUUA